AUGCCGAUGCGGUUGGACAUCAAGCGCAAGCUCGUGCAGCGGAGCGACCGGGUGAAGGGGGUGGAGAUACACCCCACGGAACCGUGGAUACUGACGAAUCUGUACUCGGGGAACGUGGCGAUAUGGGAUUACGAGACGAACGCGCUGGUGAAGUCGUUCGAGGUGACGGAACUGCCGGUGAGGACGUCGAAGUGGAUCGCGCGCAAGCAGUGGAUCGCGACGGGGGCGGACGACAUGUUCCUGAGGGUGUAUAAUUAUAACACGUCGGAGUUGGUGGUCGGGUUCGAGGCGCACAGCGAUUACAUACGGUCGAUCGCGGUGCAUCCGACGCAACCGUACGUGGUGACGUGCUCGGAUGAUAUGCUCAUCAAGCUUUGGGAUUGGGAAAGGCAGUGGGACUGCGCGAUGGUGUUCGAGGGACACUCGCACUACGUGAUGCACGUGGUGUUCAACCCGAAGGAUACGAACACGUUCGCCAGCGCCUCGCUCGAUCGCACCAUCAAGGUGUGGAACGUGACGUCGCCGGUGUGCAAUUUUACGCUCGAGGGUCACGAAAAAGGGGUCAACUGCGUCGACUACUUCGCCGGCGGCGAUCGCCCGUACCUCAUCUCCGGCGCUGACGAUAAGUUGGCUAAGAUUUGGGAUUACCAGACGAAAUCGUGCGUUCAAACGCUCGAAGGUCACGCGCACAACGUUUCGGCGGUGAGCUUCCACCCCGAACUUCCCGUGAUCAUCACCGGGAGCGAGGACGGGACGCUGCGCAUCUGGCAUCAGAAUACGUAUCGCUUGGAGAACACGCUCAACUAUGGAUUGGAGCGGGUUUGGGCGAUCGGUUGCUUGAAGGGAUCGAAUUCGGUGGCGAUCGGUUACGACGAAGGGACGGUGAUGUUCAAGAUCGGUCGCGAUGAGCCCGUGGUGAGCAUGGACAGCACCGGUAAGAUCAUCUGGUGCAAACACAACGAAGUGCAGACGACAAACGUCAAGGCGCUUCCGGCGGAUUACGAAGCCGCGGACGGUGAGAGACUGCCGUUACCGGUGAAGGAACUCGGUAACAGUGAACUGUACCCGCAGAGCUUGGCGCACAACCCGAACGGACGGUUCGUUGCCGUUUGCGGCGACGGCGAAUACAUCAUCUACACCGCCCUCGCGUGGAGAAAUAAGAGCUUCGGGAGCGCGAUUGAAUUCGCUUGGAGCAUCGAUCCCAGCGAGUUCGCUGUUCGUGAAAGUUCGAGUAAGAUUAAAGUUUUCAAGAACUUUACGGAAAAGAACGCUUUCCGCCCUAAUUUCACCGCUGAAGGUUUGCACGGCGGCGCAUUGCUCGGUCUUCGCUCGACGGAUUUCAUUUGCUUUUACGAUUGGGAUGAGUGCCGUGUCAUUCGUCGCUUGGAUGUGUCGGUUAAAAACGUCAUCUGGAGUGAGUCGGGUGAAAUGGUCACCAUAGUAAGCGAUACGAGCUUCUUUAUCCUGCGAUACAACCUUGAAGCGACUGCGGAGGCUUUCGCAUCUGGACACGUGGACGAGAGCGAGGGCGUUGAAGAGUCGUUCGAGCUGAUUUCCGAAAUCAACGAGUCGGUCAGCACGGGUAUUUGGGUGGGAGAUUGCUUCAUCUACACUAACACCGAUAAGCGUUUGAACUACUGCGUCGGUGGCGAAGUGACGACCCUUACACACUUGGAUCGUUCCAUGUUCAUCUUGGGUUACCUCGCGGCGCAAAACCGUGUCUUCUUGAUGGACAAGAAUUUUGCCGUCGUGUCCUUUACUUUGCUGUUGACCGUGGUCGAAUUCAAGACAUUGAUCCUUCGCGGUGAGUUGGAGGCCGCAGAGGAAGUUCUCGAGACGAUCCCGGUCGAUCAGCACAAUUCCAUCGCGCGCUUCCUCGAGUCUCGCGGCUUGGUGAGCGACGCCUUACGCAUUGCGACCGACCCGGAUUUCAAGUUUGAACUCGCUGUUCAAUUAGGUGAACUCGAUAUCGCCCGAGAAAUCGUAGAAACGGAAGGUGCGAAUGAGUCGAAAUGGAAGCAACUCGGUGAGCUUGCGAUGUCGAAUGGUGACCUCGAGCUCACGAACAAGUGCUUAGAAAAGUCUGGAGAUUUGUCUGGUCAGUUGUUACUUGCGACCUCAUCUGGAUCACCAGAGACGCUCAAGCAACUCGUGGAGGAAUCGAAACUCAAGGGUAAGAACAAUGUGGCGUUUGUAUCGAUGUUCAUGCUGAAAGAUAUCGAUGGUUGCAUCGACUUAUUGAUCGAGACAAAGCGUAUUCCCGAGGCGGCGUUCAUGGCGCGCACAUAUGCGCCGAGUCGUGUAUCUGAAAUCAUCGCAUUGUGGAAGGAUGACUUGAGUAAGGUAAACAAGAAGGCAGCCGAGGCUUUAGCCGAUCCAGCGGGACAUCUGGAGUUAUUCGAAGGCUUUGAUGAGGCACUCGACGCGGAAAAACACGCCAGAGCGCAAGCGGGCGCCCAGGCCGACGCGUGCGAAUAUGGCGUCGGGCUCGCCGUUGACAAGCUUACGGAUGCGAUCGACGACAUCGAUGUGAACGAGCAACAAGAUCAGUCAGAAGCUGUAGCGGAGCCCGAAAUCGAGGAAGAGGCGUCGCCGGAAUCCGAUAUCGCGGUGGAGCCAGAAUCUGAAGUGGUGGAUGAGGCGGAACAGGAAGUCGAGGCAGAACAGGAAGUCGAGGCGGAACAGGAAGUCGAGGCGGAACAGGAACCCGAGGUAUCAUCCGGCGAGCCAGCCGCAGAUGGUGGUGAAGAGGAUUGGGGUUUGGACGAUGACGCCGCACCGGCGAAGGCUGAUUAAAAUCACACUAGCU